AUGGGCAACGUGUUGGCCGCCAGCUCGCCGCCCGCGGGGCCGCCCCCCCUCCCCCCUCCCCCCCUCCCCCCCCCCCCCCCCCCCCCCCCCCCCGCCCCGUCCGGCCCGGACCUCAUGGCCGGGCCGCCACUGCUCCCGCCGCUGCCGCCGGGCUUCACGCUGCCUCCUAUGGGCGGCCUGAGCGCGCUCCGCGGAGGUGUCCCGGGUGGCCCCGCGUGCGGGACCCCCACGCCUGAGGACGAGGCCUCCUGCCUGCCCAAUCCCGGCACGUUCGAGGAGUGUCACCGCAAGUGCAAGGAGCUGUUCCCAGUGCAGAUGGAGGGCGUGAAGCUCACAGUCAACAAGGGCCUCAGCAACCACUUCCAGGUGAACCACACAGUGGCCCUCAGCACCAUCGGAGACUCCAACUACCACUUUGGGGUCACCUAUGUAGGGACCAAGCAGCUCAGUCCCACUGAGGCCUUCCCGGUGCUGGUGGGAGACAUGGACAACUAUGGGAGCCUCAAUGCCCAGGUGAUCCACCAAGUGGGACCCGGCCUGCGGUCCAAGAUGGCCCUGCAGACCCAGCAGUCGAAGUUUGUGAACUGGCAGGUGGAUGGAGAAUACCGGGGCUCCGACUUCACGGCCGCGGUGACCCUGGGGAACCCCGAUGUCCUGGUGGGCUCAGGGAUCCUGGUGGCUCACUACCUUCAGAGCAUCACUCCAUGCCUGGCCUUGGGCGGGGAGCUGGUUUAUCACCGAAGGCCAGGAGAGGAAGGCACUGUCAUGUCCCUGGCUGGGAAGUACACAGCGCCUAACUGGCUGGCGACCUUGACCAUGGGCCAGGCAGGAGCCCACGCCACGGAUUACCACAAGGCCAGUGACCAGCUCCAAGUCGGGGUGGAAUUUGAAGCCAGCACCCGAAUGCAGGACACUAGUGUCUCCUUCGGCUACCAACUGGACCUCCCCAAGGCCAACCUCCUCUUCAAAGGCUCCAUGGACAGUAACUGGAUCGUGGAGAAGAAGCUGCCUCCCCUGUCCCUGACGCUGGCCCUGGGCGCCUUCCUCAAUCAUCGAAAGAAAAAGUUCCAGUGUGGUUUUGGCUUCACUAUCGGCUGAACCCACCACACCGCCUGGCCCGGCUUGGCCCUCCUUCCCUCUGCUCCAGGCUGGGGAGGAAGGGCAUCUGAGGUUCCCGAGGGCUAAGAGAGUCUGGGGGGAGACCCCAGAUCUGGGGAGACCUUGGGCGUGGCCAGGGAGACUUCAGGCUUUCGGACAGGGACUUCAGAACACUGGAAGACCAAU